UAUGUUUUUAUAUAAUGGAAAGUAUAUCGUUCCCCUAAGUAUCACUAAUUAUAAGUGAAUUCUUGAAAAUUUAAUUUUCUAUAUUUUAAUCGCAUAAGAUUGUGGUAUCACAUGAAGAUCAAAUAAUCCCAAUAAUCUAUGAUUUAUAGCAAUCAGAUACAGUGAAGAAAUAAUGAUAACGCAGAUAACUAUAUUCUAUAUUUUUCAACAUAUUACGACAGUCAUUGGUUGGACAUAAAUUAAAGCACAUUAAAAAUGGAAAUUCGCUCUCUUUUUAUCACGAUUUUGGUAGUCGCAUUUGCUUUUCUUCAUUAUGGAGAGGCAAAGAGAUGUUAUAAGUGCGAUUCGAGAACUAGUAAAACUUGUGUAAGCGAACCAUCAUGGAAAAAAGAGGUAGAAUCAUGUCCAAUUAGAAGUAAUUGUGCUACUUGUCAUUAUAAAUUCUACAACGGUACUAAGGUUCUUAUUCGCUCCUGUGGCACGAAUAACUCUAGCUCUGUCCAUUACCUCGAUUUGGAAUAUUGUAUUCUAUGUAAUAAAGAUCUCUGUAAUAAUGCUAAUAUAAUAACAGUUAGCAUGACAUUAGGAUGCCUCGUAUCGUUUUGGGCGAUUCGGUUUGUCCUUACAAAUUCGUAUUAAGUAUUUAACUCACAUCAUAAAAAACACAUCUUUAUAAUAAU